UGUUUUGCUUUUAGCUCAUCAUUCCAUGUAGCCAUUUCUGGUUAGCAUAGCUGUAGGGUAGCAUAGCAGUCAUUUGUCAGCUGUAGCAGCGCAACAAUGGCCCAGGCAGCACAGGCUAAUGCCUUUGACGUAAACAACUCCCAGAUUCAGGUGGAACACGAUAAAAAGCGGCGACAGUUUGUCAUCAGGCUAAACGGGUCUCAUGAUCGUGCCGUUCUUCUGUAUGAAUAUGUUGGGAAGAAGACGGUGGAUUUGCAACACACGGAAGUUCCAGAUGCUUACAGAGGAAGAGGAAUUGCCAAACAUCUGGCGAAGGCAGCCAUGGAUUUUGUGGUGGAAGAAGACCUGAAAGCGCACCUGACCUGCUGGUACAUUCAGAAAUAUGUCAAAGAGAAUCCUCAGCCUCAGUACUUUGAACAUAUUUAUCAAUGACCCUACAUGGCUCUGCAAAAAGAGGAGAGCUGGAGAAAGAGACUCCCAGAAGAGAAAUACUGUGUAUGCAGCAUGCUUUGGAGUUACAGGAUGGUAAACAACAAAGGACCUUCCAGGCAUUGUUCAACAUGACACUGAGUGAAUCCCAAGACAACUGAUCUCACACCAAAGAUGUCUGUGAGGUGAAUGUUGGAUCGACCAGUCAGUUAUGUCCACACCACGAGGAUUCAGCACGAGCAGGAAGCGAAACAGCAGGUCACGACUUGUAAAAACCAAGCAACCAAAGGUUAAGCAUGUUACCUCAGGCAGAAACUUCCAGGAUCUAUACCCAACAAUGACUUGAAGCAAACGUAAGGCAUGUAUUGCGAGCUGAUGUGAGUCAGAUGUUAAAGUGUGUUGCAAACUUCCUUUGGACUCACUGGUUGUGAGCAGCGCUACCAGAUGACCAGCCUUGGCGUCUUUAUAUGGGAUGGUUUGGAUACAAAAGCAAUUAAGACUCCACUGACACUCAAAUGAUCGUGACAUUUAGUUUUUAACUCCUUCACGAUAUUUUAGUUUUGUUAUUCUUUUCCCACUUUUAGAAAUUAUUUCUUAGGUCUAAAGUGUUACCAUUAGAGGGUUGCAUCUUUGAAACAACAAGCCACUCAACAUAUUUUUUUCUAGGUAAUUGCAAAGAGGUAUAGGCAUACAGUUGGUGGGGAAUUCAUUAGUUUUACUGUAUUUUUAAGAUAUGCAUUUUCCCAAACUCUCAGUUUGGAUCCAAUUUUUCUCCAUCCACUUAAAUUUUUCCACUUUCAGAAAUUAAAUGUUGAUUAUUAGAGUCAUGAAUUGAUUCACUGAUUCAAAGUGGAGGGCUGUUAAAGCCCCAGAUUCCAAACUGACCCUGACUAAGCCUCAAGAAAAGCAAAUUUUCUUCAGUGUAAAUGUUAAAUGUGAGACGCACCCAUGCGAUGAACUGCUUUUUAAGUCUGUCACUAUACGACGCAACACUUCAGCAUGGAUAUAGAUGAAUAUCUCUGCUCAAACCAGCAACAAAAACAACACUGUUACAUUCAGGGCAUUUACAUUCUGUGGUGUCAGACACUCCUUUGUUCUGCCAUUCAGGAAAAUGACAUUGAAUGGCUGAAGCUUGGACUUUUCUCGUCAUUUUAUCUAUUUUUUUUUUCCUUUUUCCCUCAGCACAUGUCAUAGUGGUAAAAUUAAUCGCAACAAACAAUAUUUUUUAAAAAAAACUUUUGACUUUUCAGGAGGUUUUGCUGUUGACAAUCUUAAGUGUUGAGAAAAAUACCUCAGGUUACUCAACACGCUCUGGCAGGACAGUGCAGCCUCUGUCUACUUUAAUAACUUAGGAAACCACCUGCAGGAAUCCAACAUCUCUUUGUAAAACUUUCCUUUGGGUGGCACUUGUCUAGUCAUAGGCCAAGGCAUUCAAGGUAUUCUUUUUUUUUUUUUUUUUAUUGUGUUAUAUUUGUGUGUUUCUUUGAAAAGAAGCAAAUGCCCAACUUAAGUUUCAAGCGGUUGUGUUUAACAAAUGCAUUAUGAUGUUACAAUCCUUGUUACAUUGUUUUGUGCUUGAGACACUUUUUUUCUUCGUACUUGUUGUCAAUGAGUAAAUAAAUCUAAUACACAAUCUAA